UGUACUGCACUGUGUCAUUGCGAUGCCUACGCCUUGAACUUAACUUGUGGAGUUUUAGCUGCGUUUAGCAUUCUGAGUUGUCCAUUUCUUUGUACGAAACAUUUAUUUAAAAUUAUUUUUGUAGUUGUUUUGCAAAGAAAAUCAUGUUGCUACGAUGCCUUUUACUCGCUGUCAGUAUCCCCGCCGUUAUAUAUGCUGAGCGCUUAGGCAGGUUCAUCAAACAUUAUGACACACUAAGUUACGAUUCUAAUGAGCUUCAUUUGAAGCAUGAGAGAGCCAGACGCUCAACAUCAGCAGAGAGCUCUGUCCAUCUGGAUUUCACUGCUCACGGGAGGGAUUUUAAACUUCGGCUUAUCCGUGGAGCACCCCACCUGUCCCCCAAUCUGAUUGUAGAGACAACAGACGGUGCGAGAUUCCAUGAACCAGACUACCUGUAUGUAGGCCAACUAGAAGGUGAGCCUAACACCAAGUGCCAUGGAUCCAUCCUCAAGGGUCUCUUCUCAGGAACCAUCUAUGCAGACGGCGACACCUACCAUGUGGAGCCAGCCCACAGACACUUUGACAAGCCCACAGAGUUCCACUCCGUCAUCUACAAGGGUUCGGAUGUGGAGCAUCCACCCGAUGGAGGCUGUGGCUUAACCAGCAAGACCAUGAAAUGGAUGAAGAAGGUCCAAGAAUCAGCCGUUGAGGAGGACAGCCGUGAAUACGUGAAGAAGGGUUCUACUAGGCAAAGUGGCCAGACUGCUCAUGAUUAUAGUCCCAGGGAAAAUAUAUACGCUGACCCCAAACAUCGCCGAACCCGACGCCAGACGCCACUCAAGAACACCUGUAAUCUGUAUCUCCAGGCUGACCACACGUAUUCUGCAUUCUUCAAUCACGAAGACUCGGAGGUCAUCGCUCAGUUCAAUAACUUUGUGGCUGCCGUCAAUGCUAUUUACGGCGCCUACAAGCUUGGCACCUACAAUGACGUUGGGUUCUUGGUGGACAGGAUUAGGAUCAAUGGCACCAGUGAGAAAGCUGACCCUACAAAUCCUUUCCGAUUUGAAAACAUUGGUGUGGAGAAGUUUCUAGACCUGAACUCUCUGCAGAACCAUGAUGAAUAUUGCCUGGCCUAUGUGUUUGCCAACCGUGACUUCAAUGACGGAGUCCUCGGACUUGCCUGGGUGGGAUCCUCAGGAAGUACCUCUGGUGGAAUCUGUGAACGUUACAAGCAGUUUAGCAGUGGGUAUCAGAGCCUCAACACCGGAAUCGUCACCAUCAAGAACUAUGGCUCCCAGGUCCCGACGAAGGUCACAGAAAUCACUUUUGCCCACGAGAUUGGCCACAACUUUGGAUCACCUCAUGACUACCCAGAUGCCUGUCGGCCAGGUGACUUCUCAAAUACACGUAGUCAAGGCAACUACAUCAUGUACGCCAGUGCCACGUCCGGUGACAAACCCAACAAUAAGAAGUUCUCCGAUUGUAGUAUUGCCAACAUGUCAAACGUCGUCAACGCCAAAGCCAGCAGAUGCUUUGUCUCCUCUGACCGACCUGUCUGCGGUAACCACAUCUUGAACGAGAACGAAGAAUGCGAUUGCGGUUACGACGACCAGUGCACCGAUCGGUGCUGCAAUGCAAGACAGUCAGCCAAGUCAGCAAGCGAGGACGUUAAUGCCUGCAAGUUGGCUACUAACGGUGGUGUCAAAGCCGUAUGCAGCAAAUCCCAAGGACCAUGUUGCAAUGAAGCCACCUGUAACUACCAUGCAGCUAACAGCAAGACAUGUAAACCAGAAACGGAUUGUAGUGAGGAAUCCGAGUGUGAUGGGAUGAGUGCUUCCUGUCCGGAACCUAGUCACAAAGUUGACCUGUCUUCCUGCAACAACUUCAAACAAGUCUGUAAAAGCGGGGAAUGCAGUGGCUCCGUCUGUGAGGUGUUUGGCCUGACCGAGUGUUACUGCCCUCCACCUGCGGAAGGAGAGACAGACGAGGGCUGUCAUUUGUGCUGUCAGAAUGGAGAUGAUGUCAAUACGUGCAUGAGUAGUACGAAAAUCCCAGCCAUGGCUAAUUUUACAGCCAUGCAUGGAGAGGUUAUACCAGGGAGUGACUCCACAGAGAAGAUCUUAUAUCAAGUGCCAGGUGCACCUUGUAACGAGCUGAAGGGUUAUUGUGACGUCUUCUACAAGUGUCGCAAUGUGGACUCCAAUGGACCUCUGUCCAGGCUCAGAGAUGCAAUCCUGAACCCUCAGCUCUACAAGGAUAUCGCUGAGUGGCUUAAGACUAACUGGUGGGCGGCUGUUCUGAUUGGCUUAGCUGUCAUCCUCUUCAUGGCGUUAUUCAUCAAGGUGUGCAGUGUCCACACUCCGAGUAGUAACCCUAAGCUUCCCAAGCAUCGUCAGCUGACCCUACCCAGGCGGCCAAGCUCUCGUCAGCGCGGUGGAGGUCGGCCUAUCGAGAUGGCCUAGUGUGGCCAUGAUUCCCAGUCACAUCAAGCUCUGCAACAGUAAGCUUGUAUAGUUUUCUCUACUCCUUUCUCAUUUGCUAAAGUUGUCAUUUCAUGCUGGUAGAUAUUUUUCAGGAAAAGGAAAAAAAGGAGGCUUUUGAAUUAAAAACUUUUGGGAAAAAGUCAGGCUGGGUACUGCACAUUGGACAGUUACUCAUGCUUUUCAAUGAACAGUGGGUUUUGUUUUUAAAGAGAGAUGUUGGUUUUUAACACUGAGCUUACGUUUCAUUGUCAUCACGAAAUGGUUUUGGAGAACAACUUGAAAUGGAAGUUUCAAAAUGAUACAUUUUAAUUACUCUCUGCAUUGGUCGUCAGAUCGCUGGGAUUUUUGUAAUCACAUUAAAGAUCAUUUUGAUGGUUACUUGAUGACUUCUGAACAGAGAAUUUUGAUAAACUUUUUUAAAAUGGUGUAAUGUAUAUUUUGCAAAAUUGUACAAACAGUACGAAUUGAAACACAUCAUUGUCUACGAGUAAAAAGUUCAAACAAUUUUAAUGUUGGCGUGUCUGACAAAUGUAAACACAUUACUUUGAAAAAUGAAAUCAUAUAUUGCGACCUGAGGACUCUUUUUUGUUUAAGUUUGUUUUGGGAUGGAAUUGUUUGUUACUUUUUGUUUGAAACAAUUGUCAAAAUAAACAUAAAUGCUUUCUGUCAGCGGUGAAUGAGUGUACUUGUAAGCCAAAGUUUGGGUUCAUCUAGAGAUUUUGAUUUUUAAAAAGGUUGUAAUACUCAGAGUAUUUUUUCUCGAAAUUUCUCACUAUCUAUUCAAGCAAGGCUCUUGUAUAUUUUUCUUGUCUAAUGAGUGGUCACAAACCUAUGUGGUAUUACCAAGCUUUAGGGAACUUAUUACAGGCACUGUUAGACAAAUAUGAUAACAUCUUUUCAAAUUCUGAGUACAGUGUAUUGUAGUGAGUUUUACUGAAUUCUCAAACUGGGCAAGAAAAAUGUAUAAGGCAGGGAAGAAAUGUUUAAAUUAUUCGUUUAUCUGAGUGAAUGAGUCAGUGUAAAGUCAUUUUGGCAUAUUAACCCUAACAGUCCUCAGUCCUCCAACAGGUGACAGAUUGAGGACUGUUAGGGUUAAUGGAGAUCUCAUUCAGAUAGCUACAUGUUUGAUAUAUAAUGCGUAUUUUAAGCAUUGAAGUUUAAAAAAUAAUCAGCGUUUGCCAUUUACACGUAACUUUGAGAUUGUUACUCAUGUAAAUCUGUUUGAGUAAUUUUUUGUCUGAAAUGGAAACCCACAUUGUAAAUUUAUCCACAAAUAGUUUAUCAUAGUUCUUUGAGUAUUUCUCAUAAUUUUUAGAAACGAAGUUGUAUGUUGCUGGGCUGUUGAAGUGACUCUUUUUCAAUAUAUAUAUUUUCUUCUACUUUUGAUAAAUCAUACUUUAUGUAGCGGUCCAGCCCCCAAGUGAGUGGCCGGGGGCCGGCCCACUAUAUUAAGUAUGUAAAUAAUACACAAAGUUGAUAUAGUGUUCUCCUUAAUAUUCCAAAAUGGCAUAAUGAAAAUAUCAAUACAGUUUUACAAUGAUACUUAUUCUAAAUUACACAUGUGCGUUAUGCUUUGAGACAGUUACUUUUGGUAGUUAAUAGUUGGCUAACAUUUCCUCAACCUGCUCAAGAUGUUUAUUCAUACUAUUGAAACAAGUGGAACAUGGUCAUGUUGGUAGUUUGUGCAGCCCUUCUGCCGUCAAAGCCUACACACUGUUUAUGGUAACUCUUAUAUCGCCACCAUCACAGACAUGGAAAGUCAAAGAGGAAAGAUAUGAGUGAUGUCAUUGAAGUGACUUGCUAUGUGGGGUAUUCCCCCCACCUUCCAACGCCCCCCAAAGAGCUAUUUUGGGCUUGUAGGUUGACAGUGAUAUUACACUUCAGUACAAUCUACUGCUCACAUUGAAGAUUUCACACAUCCAGUGAAUGAGGUCCAUGAAAGUUGGGCUGAAGAAAUGUAUGGAUGAUUGUGGUAUCCCAUUUUGGGACAAGAAAGGGGGGUUUCAAGCUGUGUUUGUGGAAAGUGUGGAUAAGGUACGAUGAUUUUGAACCAUGCAUGAUUGCUGUGUUUCGGAGUUAUGUGAUACCAACUUCCUCCCACAGUGCAGUGGAUUGGUUCCUCCAAAAGGUUUUUUCUUUUUAUUGCACGCGGUCCCACGAUUUGUCUUUUCCUUUCUUUUUAUUUUCAGUUCCUCUGCAGAAUUCCAAGGUUUACCUCACUUUGUAUUCCUACAACUUAUAUAAAGCAUUAUAGAAUUCUUACCUACAUUUUUGCACAAGUACAUUUUACAUGCACGUACUACACAUUUAUAGUAAUGUUGCAUUUAUGACAAUUACAAAGGAUAUGGGACAUGUACAUGUAGGAACUCGUUUAGCAAUGGCUGAAAUGUGAAAGGCAUAUACAAUGCUUGAAGAUUCAGAGAUUAGAUUUCUUUUCACUGUGAAAUUGUGUUGUUGAUUGGUUUAAUUACAUUGCUGUGAAAAGUAGUUUGACUUGGGUUUUGCCUUGUGUAAUAUGAACAUGAUGUUAAAGCAUGGCACGUUUUUUAGUAAACAGCAAAAUUCUGACAUCACAUUAUUUUACAAUUUACAGUGGCUCGUAUUGAAAAUUGUGAAUUUACCAUUUGGAUUAUUGUUCUUUGUUCUACGCGACUUGAUUUGUUUGUAUUUACCCACGGAUACUAAAUGCACAGUUUGAAAACUUCCUAAUGCUAUCUACUCAUA